AGGGACGCUUAACUCCGCACCUUUGACCCACUAGAAAGGCGGGGCUUUUCAGUCAGAAGCGGAAACUGGGAAGUUUUUGAUUCACAAUGGAUGAGAAGAGCUGGGAAUCCCAGGAAGCCGCUGGUGAUGCAAACUCACAAAACCUAGGAAUCAAACAAAAUGACCCGCCACUGAACACUUCCCUUGUAGCAAGUGGUGAUAACAUCGAUAGCACCAAUAGCGACACAGAUGAGGAUGAUUCUGAUGACCCUCCAUCUCUAGAAGAUGUUGGCUUCUCGGAGGAGCCUGAUGUGCAGAGCAUGAACCAGGAAAGUUCAGAACCCCGCACCAGGGAGGUCGGUGGUGAGCCUCAAAGCAGAGCAGGAAACCUGGACAGCACCCACAAGCCAGAUGAGGAAUGGCUACAGGUCCUUGGGAAUGAGCUGCUGAGGAAGAAAGUUCUGGUAGCAGGUCGGAACGAUGAGCCAAAACCGCAGAAAGGUCAGAACAUAACCGUGCGGCUGAAGAUGACACUGGAGGAUGGAACCGAUGUAGAGGAAGAUCCCUCCCUCACUUUCACCGUGGGGGAUGGGGAUGUUAUCCAGGCAUUGGAUCUUUGCAUCCAGCUGAUGGAGCCAGGAGAAGUGGCUUUGAUUGUCUCUGAUGCCAAAUAUGCCUAUGGUUCUCUGGGCAGCAUCCAGCCCACAGUACCUUCAAAUGCCACUCUGCACAUUGAGGUUCAGCUUCUGUCGGUGAAGGAUGCCCCGGAUAUCGAACUCCUGUCGGGGAAGGAGCGCUUACUGCUGGCCAAUAAGAAAAGGGAGCGGGGGAAUGCCUACUUCCUACGGAAUGAGUACGUCUUCGCAAUCAACUCGUAUGACAUCGCCCUCAAUAUUGCAAACUCGAGCUCCAAAGUUGAAUUUUCACUGGAGGAAGAGCAGGAGUUGUUGGAUGUGAAGGUGAAAUGUCUGAAUAAUCUGGCGGCAGCCCAGCUGAAAUUGGAACAUUUCGAGGCGGCACUUAAAUCCUCCAAUGCUGCGCUCGAGCAUCAGCCCAACAACAUCAAAGCACUUUUUAGGAAAGGGAAGGUUCUGACCAUGCAGGGUGAAUAUGCAGAAGCUAUACCAGUCCUGAAGCAAGCUGCAAGACUAGAGCCAUCAAACAAGGCGAUUCAGGCUGAACUCUCCCAGCUAUUGAAGAAGCAAUCUGAGCAGAGGACCUUGGAGCAGGCAAUGUACCGGAAGAUGCUCGGAGAUAUGGCUAUGCCCCCUGCCUCCUCACCAUCUCGAUUCUCAUGGAAUAUUCCAUGGAAGUGGCUGUUAGGAGCGACCAUGGUAGCAGUCGGCGGCGUGGCUGUGUCUGUCAUUGUUGCUGCAAGAACCUGACACUCGGAGAGUGGACUGAAUAUCCUCACGGGGAUUGUGUCCACACCAAAACUCUUAACGGCCUCACCGGUGCUGAAUUUAGUUAGCUUCCCCAUCCCCUCACCCAGAACAUUCUGAGCCUCAGACUGCUUCAGGUACUGUACAUAAAGUUAUCGGACAAUGGCCACCCCUUCCUUUAACAUCCCAGUACAGAAAUGACCACAAUGGAGCAUGUAGUGAUUGAUGAUCAGUUCACAUUAUAAUACUGAUUGGAUUUAAUUUAUUUCUUGGGGGUGGCUUAGAGCUUCCUGUUGAGUGAAAUUUAUGCAAAAUGUUUAUAUAAUUAUAAUAAAAUGUUUAUAUUAAAUUCCAUGUUGCUGAGUGUUGCUAUAAAUAUUAAUGGAGAGGAAGCUAGGCAUCCUGAGGGGUGGGGCGAGAUCAUUUCCUUCCUCUGUAGAUUGUAGGAUUAGUACAGGGGUUGACUGAUGUGAAGAGAAAUUACUCAAAAGGGCUGUGAACCUUUCACAUUCUCUGCCCCGUGAGUACCAAAUAUUCAAUUCCUGAGCAGAUUUCAAGGCUGAGGUCAGUAGAAUUUUUGAGGGAACAGGGAGAUCGGCUCAGGAAAUGGAACUAUAACUUUAAUGAAGGCUGAAUUGCAUGCUGUACGUCCUUGCCAGGGUACCAAUGCCCCACUUAUGGAUGGGCUAUACAUAUGAACAAGCAUUUGGGAGACUGGCAGAAUAGAUUUGCCAGCUGCUCAGGGCUGCAGGUAGCUUCUGUCUGGGGCUUCCCACUGCUGACUGUGAGGAGUUUGUACGUUCUCCUGCCCACAUAGGUUUCCUGCCGCAGUCCAAAGACAAUUUGUGGCUGAACUUCUGACGUGUGAACUGACCAGGUUGUAAACAGGUCACAGCUGUUUUCAUGGAGGACCUAGAUUCAUUUUAAAGGUCAUUGAUGAAUGAGAGCUCUGAUGUUGGUUUCAUCUAAUAAGCACAGACCUUAUUAAAGAGAAUGGCUUUGGAAGCAGAGAUUCAAAUGAUUUUUGAUAGACUAACCUAACUUCCAGUACUUGUGUGUGUCUGAACAUUGUCCUGGCCAGACAACAUCCAAACACAGCAGCAUCACCAUCUACUGGUAAACGGAGCAAAAGUUUAAAAGAUUUAGAUAGGAGAAAAAUCUCUGCUGGCCCUUUUUGCCCCACUUUACCCCGUGCUAGAAACUGGAAUGCUAAUAUUUUUGAUUUUACAAACACAUUUUUUGUUAGGACUUCAUCCUGUCUAUGAGAACAACAAUCUUUUUUACCUGAGCAUUAGUUUCUGUUUAUUACCUCUCACUACCUACUCUUGCCACUUGUUCGAAAGGUGAUGUUGGCAUGUUGUGUCACAGCGGUAGAGACUAUUCUUGCAGCUGUGCUUUAACUGAAACUCCUUAGCUCUAAA